AAUACCACGUGUAGUUUCGAUCAUGAUACUGAACAUGGAGUAACGCUUAACGCAUUAAAAUCAUAGGAACAUUCUUGCUUGAAGAAGAGAUUAUCGAAAAUAGUUUUUCCACCUUAGUUACUAUCCUGCAUUCGUGGCUUUUCAAAUGUUUGAAGACGUUGUAAGUUUCAAUUGACUUAAUUUCACAAAAGCAUAUUCGUUCCAUAUUUUCUUAUUUUGUGAAUCUUUUAUCAGUUUUUGUUAUCAUUCUAAAGUUGUAUUUUUGUCAUCUGUGAGCUUUCAGUUUUGUUAUCGUGAUAUAAUUUAAAGUUGAUUAUAUAUCAUUUACGUAACCAAGAACUGGAAAAUCUGUGUAUCUAGAUAAAUGAGAGAUCAUUGAUAAAACUUGUAACUAUUAAACAAACAUUUCGAUUAAGUGCAAGUAAGAAGUGAACAAUUCUAAAAAAGACUGACAAUCUUAAACAUUUGUAAAAAUGGCACUAAGAAAAUAGUGAACCUAAAACAAUUCAGAGCCAAUUACCAAUCCGGAUAUAACUCGGAUUUUGUGUUUGUAUUCUAGUUAUACAGAAUAUUCAAGUGGUUUAGUUCGUCAAAUCGGUAAACUUCUAAUAAACUUAUUUGGAUCGUACUGCUGUAGUUGAGUUCCGAGCGAUGGAUAGCUCAAUUAAAACAGUAAACGCACACAGAAAAGUGAUAUUUUCUCGACUGAUCAAUCGAAGACGUUUCGACAAUGAAGAGUUAGAAUCCUUGUACCAACGUUACACCUUUAAGAUUCAACAAUCCUCGAUCGUUAGUGUUCUGGCAUUGUUUAUCUUCCUCACCGGAAUUUUAACAAUUUUACACUUUAUCUUUGUUAAAACUGCUUCUGCUGCAAAUUUGUACUUCAUACUGCACUGUCUAGUUUUUUGCGCUAUCUUGUGUUUCAUCUAUACGAAAUGGCAUAAAGACUCAUACUUGCUGGCUUUGUGUUACGUGAUCUUAUGUUUCUUUGUAACCUUCUGCCUGGUUUGCAUGCCAGUGGAUCUCGGGACACGAGGAACAUGGGGUUCAGGAUCUUGGGGUGCACCACACAGUGCUGCUGAUGGGGUAUGGGAAAUAGUUUAUUGUUUAUUUGUGUCGUAUACUAUGCUGCCACUGAGAACAAGAGUAUCAAUGACUCUUGGACUAGUUCUGCCGACUAUCCACACAAGUGUGGCUUCAACAAUGACACAAGAGUUCCCAGGACUAUUGAAGCACCAGCUGGUUUCUAACUGGAUUGCCUUCAUUUGUGUAAACAUGGUUGGAAUAUUUGUCCACAUCCUCAUGGAGCAUGCGCAAAGAAGAGCUUUCUUGGAUACCAGGAACUGCAUAAAUACAAGACUUGAGAUGGAGGAUGAAAAUGAAAAACUGGAACGUCUUCUACUCAGUGUUCUUCCCCAGCAUGUUGCUAUGGAAAUGAAAGAAGACAUUGUCAGUCCCCGCGAGGGUCAGUUUCAUAAGAUCUAUAUUCAGAGGCACGAGAAUGUGAGUAUCCUGUUUGCAGACAUUGUGGGAUUCACAGUUCUAGCUUCUCAGUGUACAGCCCAAGAAUUGGUUCGUCUGCUGAAUGAAUUGUUUGGAAGAUUCGACCAAUUAGCUAGUGACAAUCACUGCCUAAGGAUCAAACUUCUUGGAGAUUGUUACUACUGUGUUAGUGGACUCCCCGAACCACGAUCAGACCAUGCUCAGUGUUGUGUGGAAAUGGGAUUAGAUAUGAUCGAGGCCAUUGCCUCCGUAGUGGAAACUACGGAUGUUCAUCUGAACAUGCGCGUUGGAAUUCAUACUGGACGAGUACUUUGUGGUGUCUUAGGCCUGAGGAAAUGGCAGUAUGAUGUGUGGAGCAAUGACGUUACAUUAGCUAAUAACAUGGAGGCUGGUGGUGAACCCGGACGGGUUCACAUCACCCAAGCAACGCUUGAUUUCCUUAAAAACGAAUAUGAAGUCAUACCGGGUCAUGGAGGCAAUCGAAAUUCUUAUCUAAGGGAACAAAACGUCAAAACGUACUUUAUUGUACCACCACCUUCUCGAAGAAAGAUGUUCCUGCUCAACAAACUACAAGUUCGCCAUCUAACAGGAUCUGCUAGACGAAGACUGUCCUUUAAGAAUGUCUCUAACGUAGUACUGCAACUGAUACAUUCUAUCAAGUUCAAUGUGGAUGUUCCGUUUUCAAACAUUGCUACAGUGCAGCCACGUACAGAAAAACCCGUUGUAAAAAAGCCAAAAAUGACAGACAAGUUCCGGAAACCUUUUAAAAAGAGACAUUCAGCUGAUUAUCACCAACCAAGUAAUAGGGUCAACAAGUAUUUGGCCCAGGCCAUAGAAGCCAGAAGUGUGGACAUGGAAAAAGCGACUCACGUUAAUAUCAUUACUCUUUGUUUCAAAGACAAACUGAAGGAACGACAGUUUCACGAAGAAAAAGACCAUGGUUUUGGAAAUAGGAUUCUAUGCUGUUUAGCUGUGUUGCUGUGUUUAGGGUGCAUUCAAGCUAUUGUUCUGCCAAGAACUGUCAUGCUGGUUGUACUAUUCUUAUCUGCCUUUGCAUGGAUGACAUUGCUGCUGGGCUUAGGGUUAGCUGCAAAUGCAAGGGUAAUAGCAUGGGACGUUAGAGAAUCUUUCUUAACUCGACUAACUGCCACCCUAUUUGCAGUUAUUUUUAUAUAUGCAGUUGCUCAAGCGAACGUGUUCUCGUGCGUCACUGAACCUAUUUGUGUGAAAACCACGACGAAUAUCACACAAGCUCCGUUAUAUGCUGACCAUCGGUCGUGUCCGCUACCACAUUAUAUAGUCAUCAGUUGUUGCCUUGCUUUUCUUCCCAUAGCUGUCUUUCUUAAGCUAUCCAUUCUCCUCAAGGGAGCGCUGCUCUUACCCAUGACAAUAAUCUACUGUCUAAUUACAGAAUUCACCCACGCACCACUGUUUGAUUGUUACGACGAACGAGUCAGACCUGUUGUUCCAUUUCAUAUAUUCGGAAUUGUGGCCAUUGGUCAGUUUUUGGUUGCUGUACUGGUACAAGGUCGCCAUGUAGAAUGGACAGCGAGAUUAGAUUUUUUGUGGAAUGCACAGGCAAAUGAAGAAAAGGUAGAGAUGAACCAAUUGCAGAAUAAUAACCGCCGUAUUCUUUUCAAUUUGUUGCCAUCUCACGUGGCAAUGCAUUUUCUAGACAACCAGUUUAAGAACAACAUGGAGCUUUAUCACCAGUCUUAUGCCAAAGUUGGUGUCAUGUUUGCUUCCAUUCCCAACUAUCACGAGUUUUAUAUGGAACUCAAUACCAAUAAUCAAGGUGUGGAGUGCCUGAGACUUCUGAAUGAAAUUAUUGUCGACUUUGACGAGCUCUUAGAUGACGAAAGAUUCAGAACUAUUGACAAGAUUAAGACAAUAGGAAGCACUUACAUGGCUACGAUUGGCCUAAUCCCGGAUUGUCGUAUUCCUGAGGACAACAAUGUUGAGGCGGCCAAACAUAUCAGUAAUUUGGUGGAGUUAGUGUUUGCCAUGAGAGACAAACUUGCCGAUAUAAAUGAGAAUUCUUACAAUAACUUUAUGUUGCGAGUAGGUAUCAAUGUAGGUCCUGUAGUAGCUGGGGUUAUUGGUGCCAGGAAGCCGCAAUAUGAUAUAUGGGGCAAUACCGUCAACGUUGCAAGUAGAAUGGAUAGCACCGGGCUGCCAAACCACACACAGGUAACUGAGGAUAUAUAUCUUCUACUGAAAGACUAUCCGUACUUGUUCCAAUGCAGAGGCCGUGUAAAAGUGAAAGGAAAAGGAGAUAUGACCACUUACUUUUUAGUUGGCAGAAAAUCGCCAGAAGAGAAAACGUCUCUGCGCAAUUCCACAGAGUAUCCAGACCAGCCAAAACCUUCCAGCGGUGGAGAACAUCAGAAUGAAGAUUCUUCAUCCUUACAUAUGUUUUCUCAGGACAGUAGGCAGAGCAGUGGUUGGGAAGAUAUAUCAAAUGAUAGUGCAAACAAUACUCCUAAAACUAGGAAAGUGCAAUUAAAUAAUGAUCUAAAAUCAGUUGAUCUUGAAGUCUCCCAGAGUCCAUCAAGUUCUCCUUUACGAAAUGUUUGUUUUAAAAAACUUAAUUUAACACAAUAUACAUUUAAAUUUCCAUCCUAUAAGUUAUCGCUAGCUGAUUCAAUUCUUUCAUCAGUGGGUUUUUCUUUACUAGAAUCCGCAUCAUUAACUUGUAAUAGUUGUUCGACCAAUAACCAGAUUUCUCCACGUUUGGAAGUCUUCCCCAAAAGCUAUUUCAGGCAACUUUCUUUCUAUAACAAAAAGAAAUCAGUUUCUCAGUACAGAAGUUUUCUCUAUACGGAUUAUUUCGCAGUUGACACAUUCUCGAUGACAUUUACAGAUUUCAAGUCAAAAACUCAGAAACUACGCGGAUCUCAAAUUACGCCAUUCUUCACUUUUCAGAAACUUAUUAUCAAGGACCUUUCUUCAGCUUUAAAUGACAGGUUGAACAUUACCAAACUACAGAACUCAGCUAAAUGCAUGGAAAUCUCAAACGAGCAAUCCAUAAAUACUGCCUAUAGCCAGCUUUCAUUUCUAGAUAUCUAUCAAUUUUCUUCUCGCAGAACACUUCCAACUGUUUCUUGCAUCAGAAUUGCUAGUGCCACUUCAUUUAAGAUACACAAGAUUGAAUUUAUAUCAUCAAACCAAGCCUCUUCAGUUGCCAAUAAGAUGUCUCUGGAACAAGAAACCUCUAAAAAAUCUGCAUAUAUCUCAUGUGACAUAUAUGUUGAUGUGUCUCUUGUGACGACUGCUUUUGUAGAUUCUGUGGAAAUAUUUCGUCAAUACUUUAAUCAUGAGAUUCCUUGCAGAAAUGUUAAACACGAUAACAACUGCUUAAUACCACUCAACAUAAGCUCCGAACAAUCUUUAAUCUCACUCUGGAAAAAACAACAAAAUUCAUGUCCAAGUAUAACAAAAAAACAAGUGAUUACAAAAAAAUCUGACAAACUUUCAACAGAACAAUAUUCUUUAAAUAAGAACAACUCCAAAAAUUUUAACUCAAAUAAACAAUCAAAUGUGACGGAAGAGAACACGAAAAGGGUUCUCUUUCUUCCCUGUAAGACAACCCUCUCAAAAAUAAAUGGAGAGAACAUCAACUACAAACUGUCUUACCAAGUACACAGUAGUAAAAAACCUCAGUUAACACAAGAAAAUCUUAACAAUUCCCUUUACGCAGUAAGGCUGACAAUUUUCUGUGAUGCAUACAACAUUAUUGUAAUACAGUUAGGCUUAUGCGAUAAACGUAUUAUCCGCAUGUUUGGUUUACAUGUUAAAACUUCACAAAAUCCUGAAAGCAGAAACUUUUUAGUUUCAAGCAGCUCCUCAGACAGAUCUCACAAACCCGUGCGAGCGUAUAUAGAAGACUUUCAAACACCAAAUAACGUCUCACAUAAGAAAAAAUAUAUAAAAAGUUUGUUUUAUAAAGCAAGCACUAAACUUAAAAUCCUUGAUUCUAUCAGUGGAAAUGACAAAGGCAAAAACUGUGAGAAUAGUGACAUUCUGGAAACAAAUCAUAUUAAUGAAGGCAACAACUUUAAAUAUUACGUUCUGUAUUUAGAAAUGCUUUGUCAUGGAAAGAAAUACAGACUUGUCUGCUCUGAUUACUUUUUAAGUGGUAUCAACUCGCUUGUCAGCUGUCGCAAUAGCACUUGUCCCUUUUCUGAACCCAGUGGUAUCAAGCUAAUGUAUUUUGUUCAUUAGCUGAGCAAAAGUUUCGUAAACAACCCCUUGUUGUUUGACAGAGAUAUGUUAAAAAAACACUUAAACAUCAUUGAAAUCCUCUAGCACAAAGGCUAAUUACGGCAUCAACAUUGAAAUUUUGGAAAGCUUAUGAUUUAUUACUAAAAAACUAUUGUCUUACAGUUAAGGAACGAUCGAUUUUUUUUUGAUUUUUUUUGUGUUAUUAUUAAUAUUUUUCUCGACAUCCAUUUUAACUUUUGAUAUCGUACUUGUAAGGAAACAUUUUUUGUAUGAUCACUAAAUACGAGGAUGCAAUGGAGUUAUCGAUCUACAGAUGGACUAAAGUAAACUGUGAAUGAGGAUGUGUCGAACUGUGACUGUACUGAGGAAUUUAAUGAGAAAUAUAUACUUUUAACCUAAAGCUGGGUAAUUAUAGGAACAGAUCACUCUACAUGUGCAUGCACAUUAUUUGUUUGAAACAUUAUCUUGCAUCAGAUGUAAUACACAUUAUAUUAUCCCUAUCCC